CUCGAGUAUUCCUUUUUGCCAUCCCAUUCCAAUCCGCUUCACUGGUCCCCCUGUACCAGCCCAGCCUAAAAGCCUACCUUCGGAAGGCGCAACAUAAUCGUUUCAGAAACAUACCCACGCCUAAUCUCUACAAUGUCCCUCUUCGAGCUUACUGCCGUUCAGCACUGAACGAGCAGCCUACACAGGUGUUUAUAUUACGGUUAUUAGGUCAACGGGUAUCACGAUAAUUCAUAUUCUUACAAACGGUCAAACAACUAGCGGUCAAACGAUACAUUAGAGCGAUACACUCACCACUCAGCGGAAGCAUCUCCAAAGAACCUACCAACUCGUUGCAAUCAAAAUCAGCGACCCGUCACGACCCUUUCAGGCAUUACUGUCAUCACGUCUUGAAUCGCCUAUCCGCUCUCGUCGUUUUCGUUCCGUUCCUUCCUCAUCCGUCUCCAGCACUCUCGAUUGACCAAGUUUUCUAUACCUACCAAACCUUUACGCGAGUACCCCAAAUUUACGCGUAGCGCAAGGUUCAUGAAUAUAGCAAAGAGUAAUCUACGGCGCCACACUCAUACAAAGACGCCACUCUUGUCUCGGUCUCUCGUUUUUGUCACCUCUUUUGAAGACGUCCUUUAGCGACUUCGCAUUUUUAUUUAUUUGCCACUUUCACCAAGGAGCGAAGGAAACGGCUCGUCCAUACCAUCUUUCAACACGUCCCCAUUCUCAGCCAUACAUUCGAGCCGCACUUCUUCGCCGCCCUCCCCAAUAUUCCCACCGCCUAUUCUCUAUCACGCUUUUAAACGAAAAUGUCCCGAGCAGCUACCGCCACUCCUCCACCUCAAACUUAUUUUCCCCAGCGGAACGCCACUCCGUCUAUGAGGCAUGCCGCGCCUAGCCCGGCGAUUCAUUUUGGGCGACAACAUCAGCAUUUGGGACAGAGCCAUGUGAAGAGGAGGGUGAAGGGUAAUGGUGGAUCCGGUUUGAAGAAGCAGCAUAUACCGAAUAGCAGAGAACAGAACGAGGAGGAUCAAUUGGGGAUGUCAUUCGAGGAUCUCGGCGCGGAGCGCGUCCUUCAAAAUCCAAACUCAGACAAAGCCGAUAUCGAUGUCGAUAUCGACAUUGACUUGGACCUCGACCCUAACCUCACUCCGGCCUCUUCCCGAGCCUCCAUCGUCAGUGGCCUAAGCCAAGACCAAGGUCCUGUCCUUCUCACCCCCGUCCAAUCCGAUUCAGAGGGUAGAGGCCCAGUGUUAGUGUCAAAUUCCGGCAGGGUGUCGUCCGCAGGUUCAGAAGGGGGCGAAGAAGAAGGCCGAGCGUCGCCGGGAUGGAUGGGAAAGAUGGCGAUGGCGGUUGUGAAUACGGGGAUGAGUGUUUCCAGAGGGUUUGGAAAUGCACAAGCGCAUGGUAAAAGAGUCCAAUCACAGCCACAGCCACAACCGCAGGCGCAAGCUCAAGCCCACGAUCAGACUUUGGCACACCCAGCCGAAAAGAUUGACGAUCAGCAGCGACAGCGGGAAUGGGCUGAAGCAGAGAACCGGAGAAUCCAUGAGUGCGCAAGGUUGUGUUCUCAGUGGCCGUUAAGUGGGUACAACUUGGGCAAAUACGGUCCCGGUGGCGCUGCAACGUUCUAUCAACCCCAGUCAUUCUGUAACCCCCAACACGUCGCUUGGGUGAUGCAUCGUCAAGCCCAAAUCGAGCAGAGGUUGGCAUUGACCGAAGGGACAUUCUUCGAUUGCCGCAAAGUGAGGCAAAGGAAGAGGCAAGGUGAUUGUGAGAAUGGUCGAGGGUGUAGAGCUAGAGAGGAAGAUGAGCAGAGUGAAGUUUCAACCUCGACGGAUGACUCGACGUUGUCAUCUCGGUUGUCGGGAUCGACAUGCUCAACCGACUCUCGCUCCAACUCUACCGCCAAUUCUUCCAAUCCUUCUUCCUCGCAAGACGAAAACAACUCUGAACCUCUGUCCCUCGUCCAACCCCAACGACCUUCUGCGCCAAGGUCAUUGACGGCUGAGCACUAUGCGUAUGGGCGUACAGCGCAAAAGAUGGAGAGAGAGAAGGAGAUGGCGGAGGAUUUGAGAGAGGCGAUGGCGUGCUCCUUAUUGGAGUUUAGUCAUCCUGAGCGUCGCGGUUCAGUGACUUCUUCGGCCACCAAGGAUGUUAGCGCUGAUGGAAGGGACGAGAAUGGAGAGAAGUUGGAGAAUGCCGAAGUGGAGGGCAGGAGAGAAAGGGGUCGCAAGAUGUUUGCCGAGUUGGAAGCUCUUGCGAGGGAUGUAGGUUUGGGGCAUGUUGGGGAGGGGAUGGAUGUGGAUGAGGACUUGUGUGAAGAGUCUCAACCACAGCCUCAACCCGACACGCAAGCUACCCCCUCUGCCCAAACUCACGCCGCAAGCUAUUCUUCCGAACCAUCUAUGCCUCGCACCCGAACACAACGCGCUCAGUCAUGCGGCUCCAAACGUCCUAUUCCUAGUACACGCUGUAGCGCCGAUGGGGAAGAGGAGAAACGUCGAAAAGUUCGUCCUGUCGCUCCUCCUACUACGUCUUCAGGUUUUGACCCAAUGUGCACCGCAACGAUGGAAGUGGAAGAGGCUGUGGAUGAAGCUAUGGUUGUUGAGGAAGCUGUUGAUAACGGCGUCAUCAUGCCCGCUACCCAAACGCAGUCUCAGAAUCAAUCUCAUACAGGGGAAAGUAGGCUCAAGACUGGAAGGGGAAAAGGAAUGUCAUCUUCCGUACCCGACUUGUCCAAAACUUAUCCUCAUUCCGAAUCAGCGACGACGUACCCUCCUCAACGACAGCAACAGCCUGAACAAUCAAACUCUCGUGAUAUAUACCCUCCUCCGGCUGUAUUCGGUGUGGUCGUCAAAACUUCCGAGUCACAUCCCAUCAUCAUUUCGCCCUUCUUUCCGAAAGAUUUGUUGGGCAUUUUGGCGGAACAUCUCGUCCUGCCUCUUGGGGGAGCGAGGAAACCGUUGUUGUUGGGCUCGAAGCUUGAUGUUCCAAGUCUUUUACUCUCUUAUUCACCAGGAAUGCCCUUCCCCUCAUCCGGCUCGAUGCGAAAUCAAUCCCAAUCUACUCAGACUCAGCCCGUGUCCAACCUUUGUCAAGCUCCUCGGGUACCAGCAUUAGGUAACCUUCUUCUGAGCAGCUGUCCUGGUAAGAGACUGAGAAUGGAAGGGCCGAGUAAAGGUAGGGGACCCGUUUGUAGGGAUUUAGCGACAGAUUUGAAGAGGAUCAAGGGGGAGGGUGUUGGGUGUUUGGUCUGUUGUUUGGAUGAUGAAGAACUUGAACUGCUUGGUGUACCUUGGGAGACGUAUCGCGAUGUCGCUGCGGAAACGGGGUUGGAUGUCAUUCGGUUGCCAAUGCCUGACGGCUUCACUCCCGUUUCGAUGGAACUUUUUGACUCUCAAGUAUCCCUCAUCGCUACAAAAUACACUUUGCAGGGCAUCAACGUUCUUGUUCACUGUCGAGGUGGAGUUGGAAGAGCAGGUAUGACGGCUUGUGCGUGGGCUAUCAAAAUGGGUUUCGUCCAGCCUCAUCCUUCAUUGGUCAUCGUUGAAGAAGCUGCUCGACAACGAUACAAUCUCACUCACGGUAUUUCACCCACGUCAAACUCCCCGACACCUAUCGCUCCCUCUGCCGCUGUGCCCGCCGAACUCGAGCAUCAAAUCGUUAUGAGCAUGGUUGAGAGAGUCAUCGCGAUGAUCAGGUGUCGAAGGGGAUUGAAAGCGAUUGAAAGUUUCGAGCAGGUGGCGUUCUUGAUGCGAUAUGUGGGAUGGUUAAGGCAGGGUGCAAGGAGCGCCUGAGCUUGUGUAGAGAGGUUAGAUUGAGUGUGCGAAACAACAGCUUCCGUCAUUCGCAUAUUCCCUUACAUCCAACCAUAAAAAGCAGAAGUUCUAUCCGGCUAUCAUCGAAACGGCAAUAAUCAUGAUGCGCUUUGAUGAUACGGACCCAUUCCAUUGACCCAAAAAUACAUACCAUGCGACCUCCUACUGCCUGCAACAAUAAUCCUUGUCAUUCUUGGUGUAUGCUCGUUACCGUCCGACUAUCCGUUAUCCCCUUCCAAAAUUUUUUUAUUCAAAAGAAGAAAACUUGUCAUCAACCAAAUAUCAACAUUAUGUCUUGUAUCCUACCGUUGUUAAUGCCAGAAGAGCAGGAAAGAGGGUUGUCUCAAAAGUAAGAAUGAUGUUAUUGUUUAGAUUAGCAGAUGGUUAUCUGGAUGACAUGGAUGGAGAACUUGUUCUGUCUCAUGUUAUUUGUCCUUUUCGUCUUUUUCUUUUUUUCGCUGUGCUCCUUUGUGGGGG